AUGGCGCGAUUUAAAGAUAUGUUGCAAAAGAUGAUGAGAAGGUUUGAUCCUAGUGAUGAGCACGCCAAGGAAUUGAGAGAUGAUUUGGAUAAUAUUGGGAAAAAGGUUGAUGGACAUGCUGUCUCGAUUAAGCAUCUUGAGUUAAAAAUGAAUAAGGAAGAUUCAGGAGCUUUUACUAUUCCAUGUACCAUCGAUUUAUCACACUUUGCCAAAGCACUAUGUGAUCUCAAUGCAAGGAUAAAUCUCGUGCCUCUUUCCAUUUAUAAAAAAUUGGGUUUGGGUGACACAAUGACCACUGCAAUGCAAUUAUUUGUGGUCGAUCAAACAGUGACGAGGCCCAUUGGGAUACUUCAUGAUGUGCUCGUGAAGGUGGAGUCAUUUAUAUUUCCAGCCGAUUUUGUGAUUCUUGAGUGUGAGGUGGAUUUUGAGUAG